CCACCCCUCCCCCCUUCCCUGAGAAACAACCUGGAUACACAUGUCUUGUUCAAACAAGCCACUUUUCUGUUCUGCUCUGAUAGGGAAAGGCCGGCGAAGGGCACAGAGCUGGUGAGUGACGUUCAUAUUUCACUCCGAGAAUCCGAGAGGCAGCUCGGUAUUUGACGUGAGUCAGUGUCACCUUACCUUCAGCCCGGGAACACUGGAGACAUGAAUGGACAGAUCAUGGGGUCAGAUGAGGCCUACAACUUUGUCUUUAAGGUGGUUCUGAUUGGUGAGUCUGGCGUGGGGAAGAGCAACCUUCUGUCCCGCUUCACCAAAAACGAGUUCAAUCAUGACACUCGCACCACCAUCGGGGUGGAGUUCAGCACACGGACGGUGCAGCUCAACACCUUCACUAUUAAGGCGCAGAUCUGGGACACAGCAGGACUGGAGCGGUACCGGGCCAUCACAUCUGCGUACUACAGAGGAGCUGUCGGGGCCCUGCUGGUCUAUGACAUCACCAAACACCUGACCUAUGAGAGCGUGGAGCGCUGGCUGAAGGAGCUGUACGAACACGCCGACCCUCACAUCGUGGUCAUGCUGGUGGGCAACAAGACUGACCUGGAGUCAGAGCGAUCGGUGCCCACAGAGGAGGCCAAAGACUUUGCAGAAAAGAAAGGUAUUUUGUUUCUGGAAACUUCCGCCUUGAACUCGAGUAAUGUGGAAGAAGCGUUCAACAGUGUCCUCACAGAGAUCCAUAAGAAGGUGAGCAGUAAGGAAGUGGUCCGAGGCUCCAUCAAUGCCGUGACCCUGAACGGCUCCAAAGAGGAGACGACAGAGGAGAGCAAACCCUGCUGCCGGAACAUCUGAUCACACCUUCAUCCUUCACUGUGGCUGACAGGAGAACCUGGAGCAGGACACAGCAGCCAUGGACACCUACUGAUGACACUUUCACAUGACUGACAGUUUGUACAAGCUGAAUGUUGGCAUGAUGUGUUCAAGUGAUGACAGAUUUAUGUGAAUAUACACUCUCUGUUCACCACGGCUCACACACACACACACACACAACACCACCAACAAGACGACGACACACUCUCAAUGAAAACAUGGCUGCCACACGGGGAACACGGAUCAGCUGAAGUUAUCCAUCUAACAAAAGGCUCCACUGAUGAAGAUCUUUGCCCACUGGUACAGUGAGAUACCUUCAAACAGAAGGUUGAGGGUUUGAUUCCUGAUGUGUUUGAUGUGUCCUUGGGCAAGACACUUAAACCCUGUGCUGCACUGGCAGCAUGUGACUUUUCUAAUUUGAGACUGAAGUUAACGUGGAUUUAUAAACCUGUAAAUCUGUGAAUCCCUGCACCAAACUCCAUUUACUAUCACAGCACGCAGGUGUUGUUGAUCCACUGCUGCCUCCAUCAGUGAGUUCAAAUGUUUCCUUUUGUUCUUUCCUUCCUCUAGAUUCACUUAAGCAACAUAAACUUACCAUACUAAAUGUUGCUUUUUUUUCUGCAGACAAUAUGUGCGGUUUUACUUUUGAUAAGUGGAUCAAAUCUGUUCUUUCAUGUGUGGCAGCCAUGUUUUCACUGAGAGUGUCCAGAGUGUUCAGAGUCACUGUCGUCGUUUCCUCCCGUCAACAGUUUUAAUCCCUGACUGAGUCGGUUAGAGCUGAUGAUCUAUGAUGAGACAUCAUCUGUGUUUGUGUAGAAAUACCAGCUCCACACACACACAAACACAAACACAACAAGAUCAGUUUCUGUGGUGAGCUCCAGCCUCUGGGGAAUAUUAAAUGAUUGUUUUAUGAGUAAAAACUAAUCUGCCAUGGUCUGUGUCUGAAGUCCUUCCAAAGUCUCCAAACCUUGCAGGAGACUCCAACAUCAUAAUAUGUGAAGAUGCAUAUUUCAAAAAGACUGAGAAUGUUUUUAUUGAUGUAGUUCAGCAACUCAAUAUCUUCUAUAUCUUCUGCAUGGGCUGUGAUUAUCAACUUAUCCUAUUAAUGUCACCUGGCCUUGCCUGAAUGAUGCAUGCAAUCACAGGAUAUCAGCUGCUUCAGUCCAUGUCUGGAAAAAGGAAAAUCUUCUGCUCUUUUUUUGAAAUUUAAAAAAAGGUGAAAUUGUAUUUUCUUGAUACGUUUUAAGUCGUUUUAUUGACUCAUUAAUUCCUAAAUAUUGUUUCAGGCUGUUCCACAAUCACGUUUUAUUGAGGGAAAUAACAACUGUGUUGCUCAAGGCCAUGUACAUUAUUGUGUGUUGUUUUUUUUUUUUACUCUAUGAUCUAUUUUAAUGAAUACAACGAUAUAUCUAUAUAAUAAACAUGGUGAAUUUGUUCAUUUACAUGCAUAUAUUUACCGUAUUUCAAGACCUGCCUCUCGUAAUCUAAUUCAGCUAGCUUCUUGUGGUUUAUUUCAAAUGUCAAAGUAGUUUGUUUUUGGGUUUUUUACGUGUGGGUGAAGUUUAUAAACGAACCUAAAAAACGAAAUCUCCCGGAGAACGACCUGUCUCAUACUUCUUUAGGUUAGUUUGUAUCACUUCUAGUUAAAUGCAAAUGACAUAUUUGAAACACAAACCCCAGAAUAACACAUUUGUUGUUGGCGAUGGACGCAGCAGUGGUGCAACAACUCCCAUGUGCUGUGAUGUAAAAUCGCUGAUUUUCUCUCAUGGCUUUGAUGUGGUGGUGCAAGUGAUUUACAGAAAAGGUUAUUUAAUGACUUGAAAAAGCAUUUUAGAAUGAAGCAGCCAUAGUUUCAGUCAGGGCCUGAAGUGUGUGUGUGUGUGUGUGUGACUGUGUGUUUAAAGUCAAACUCUUCUUGUGUUUGAGCUUUUAAAUCGACGUUGCUCCUGUUAGCUGAAGGGAGGGACAGUUUCGCUGACUGAUGAACAUCACGGCCUUCUACCUGCAGUUCAGCUUUUUGUCCAAAAAGGAGUGUUUGAUUAAUAAUAAAAUGAUUUGUUGAUAUUUA